AGAAAGGAAGAGGGGGUGAGGGUGCCGUUUAUGUGAAUUUUAUAGCCCUCUCGCUCACACGGACACUAACUCCGUCUCUUUCCGACCAGCACAUAAAAGACGCCGGCGACGCGUUGCUUCGUUUAUUCCCUCUCGUGACUCGUUAAAGUAACGUACACGCGUGUCGUAGUAAUUUUUCGCAAUGGCCCGUACCAAACAGACCGCUCGUAAAUCCACCGGUGGUAAAGCGCCCCGCAAACAGCUCGCCACCAAGGCGGCCCGCAAGAGUGCGCCCGCCACCGGCGGUGUCAAGAAACCCCAUCGCUACAGACCCGGCACCGUAGCCCUACGUGAGAUCCGUCGCUACCAGAAGAGCACUGAGCUUCUGAUCCGCAAGCUGCCCUUCCAGCGUCUGGUCCGUGAGAUCGCUCAGGACUUCAAGACCGACCUGCGCUUCCAGAGCUCCGCCGUUAUGGCUCUCCAGGAGGCCAGCGAGGCUUACCUCGUCGGUCUCUUCGAGGACACCAACCUGUGCGCCAUCCACGCCAAGCGUGUCACCAUCAUGCCCAAGGACAUCCAGCUGGCUCGCAGGAUCCGCGGUGAACGUGCUUAAACGUCCUGUGUGUAUGUGUGUGGGCCUAAACCACCACGCUAAAACUGACACGAAGCAUAAAUCGCCGAACGCAGUCUGCGCGAACGCAUAAGGUUACAUUAUAUGUAUUAUUUUGUACCACGCGUUUUGCGUUUGGACAUGCGAACGUGAAGCUUCUGUCAAAUCAAAAGGCCCUUUUCAG